AUGGCCAGCCUAAAUGAGCAGAAACCUGACUCGAGCCCCUCAACUCUUAAUGGGGCGGAGGAAUCCCACGAUCUUGAGAAACAACCAUCUCAAACUGCAGCCACAGAUCUUGCGAGAACACUCACCCAAACCAUGGUGCCAGACCUUGAGCAGAAUGUCUCCCGAACUACUGCCCCAGAAAUCCAAGGACCAAAAUUCCCCGAGACUGAUCUGGACCAGGGUUUAGUCGGGUGGGAUGGUCAGGAUGACCCCGAAAAUCCUCAAAACUUUGCUUCCAGCAAAAAGUGGGCUCUUCUUGCCUUGAUCAGCGCCUUCACAUUUCUUUCACCUCUUGCAUCUAGCAUGUUCUCACCUGCAGUUGUAUUUAUGGCCAAGGAAUUCCAUCAGACAAAUGAGACUAUUCUUGCCUUCACUGUCAGCAUCUACCUAGUUGGAUACGUGGUAAGUGACAAACUUGAAAUUAUCGGAUCCCAGACAAGUUCUACAAGUACGGUCGUUCUAACUGUUCGAAAUCUUAUAUAUAGUUCGGUCCUCUGGUACUUGCCCCCCCUUAGCGAGAUUUACGGUAGACGAGUGGUUCUCAGCGGCGCCAAUUGGUUCUUCGUUGUCUGGCAAAUCGGAUGCGCUCUCGCCAAAAACAUUGAAACGCUCAUCGUGUGUCGACUAUUUGCCGGUAUUGGUGGAUCUGCUUGUAUUACACUUGGAGCUGGUGUUGUUGCAGACCUCUUCCCAAUAGAAAUGCGCGGAAUGGCAACCUCCAUUUGGAGUAUGGGCCCACUGAUUGGACCUGUAGUAGGCCCAAUUGCUGGAGGAUUCCUAGGCGAAGAGGUUAGCUGGCAAUGGAUCUUCUGGUUGCUGCUCAUUGCAGGUGGUGCUAUGCAGCUCGGUAUCGAGCUGCUUAAUAAAGAGAUACGCCCCUACAGCCAGCUUCUGAAGCGUAGUCUGAUUCGACCGGCUCUGCUUCUUUUCAAAUCGCCUAUUGUGUUGCUUCUUUCAAUCUACAUGUCGCUCGUCUACGGUCUACUCUACCUCUUUUUCACGACCAUCUCCGAUGUCUUCACGAGUACGUAUGGCUUUACUGUCGGAUUAUCCGGUCUCGCAUACCUCGGCAUUGGUGUUGGAUUCUUUGGAGGUCUUGUCUUCAUCGCCUUGACGAAUGACCGCAUUGUUCAGAAACUCACUGCCCAGAACAAGGGCAAGUUCGAGCCGGAAAUGCGUCUUCCGACAAUGAUCAUUUUUGCCUGCAUCCUGCCUAUUAGCUUUUUCUGGUAUGGGUGGACCGCCGACAAACAUGUCCACUGGAUCGUGCCUAUUAUUGGGAUGUUUCCCUUUGGUGUUGGCAUGAUGGGUGUCUUCAUGCCCAUCCAGACAUAUAUCAUUGACUGCUACCCGGCCUAUGCAGCAUCGGCCAACGCAACCUUGACAGCAACGCGAUCGCUUGUUGGUGCAUUCCUUCCACUCGCCGGCCCAGCCAUGUUCGACAGCCUUGGCCUCGGCUGGGGAAACUCGCUGCUUGGAUUCCUCGCACUUGCUUUUGUUCCAAUUCCUAUAAUUUUCACUAAAUAUGGCAAGACAAUCCGAGAGAAGUGGCCUGUUAACCUCUAA